UUGCGUGUAAUGUUUUUGUUUUGGAAUUCGUGGAGGUUUAAAUUUUAUGCAAUUUUCGUGUAAAUCUUCCAAAACAGCGGCACGAUUAUCGCGAAAACCUUCGGGAGGUGAAAUCGUUUGUGAGAUGCUAGCUAGUGGAUAGUAAGUGUGCGCGUUUUGGCUUACAUCGGGUAAUGCAGCUCAGCAUUCCUGCCUGCCUGCCGGUAUUUGUGCGUUCUGUGCUUACGUGUUUGUUGUGCUGUUGUCGCCAAAGAACGGAACUCUCGUGCAGCUAUCGACGGAAAUGUCGUGGCUAAAGCUGAACGAUAGCCUGAACAAGGUGAAGGGAUCCAUCACCUCCUUUACGCAGGAAGUGUUUGCGGAAGGAAUCAUCGGAGAGGACGAGGGCGAUCAGAAUCCGGUCCGGGAGCUGAACAUUGCACGCGAAAAAAUCAACCAACUAUCGGACCUAUGUGCGACGCAAGACCAAGAGAUUGAGACCCUUCGUAGGCAGGUUGCGGAAUAUCAACAACAGCUGCCACAGCCAUGCUCAUCCGGAUCGCAACAGCCCGGUUCGUCGUCUUCUUCCAAACCGUCAUCGGUUGAGUUGCUUUGCGCGGCGACAUCGUCAUCAGCCUGCUCAUCAAAACCCACGGGGACUCUCGGCCCAGAGCAUCAUGUCGGCACAACGACCGUCACCAGCACGCUGGAGGACAGCUGGUUCUGGGACCCGGAGAACAACAUCUCGUCGACGUCGUCCUCCUCCAAGAAGGACGACAGCGAAUCGCCCUCGUCCGGACCGACCGAGCUGACAACGAUUCCGCUCGAGGCUCCCGCCAACGAAAGCGAAAUCAUCGAUCGUCUCCAGCGCCAGCUGCACGAAAAGUCCCAGCAGCUCAAGAAGCAGCAGCUCGAGAACGCUCUGCUGAACGAAAAGUUGGGCCAGGUGAGCAGCGAAAACCGUGAGCUAAAUGAAAACAUCGAAGAGCUUGACCGGCAGCAUGAGGUGGUGCUGGAGAAUCUGGUCGCCGGCAAGCGUGACCUGCAGGCUCAGUGUGGUCGUCUCGAGGCGGAACUAAAAUCGAAGGCGGCCGAAUCGCAAGCAACCCUGCGGGAGCUGCAAACCCGCUUCGAACGGUUAGAGCAGGCCAACGCUCAAACCUGCCAGGAUAAUGAAAAGCUGCGAGCGGAAACGGAAAAGCUAACAGCCGAGCUGGAACGGAUUGUCUGCGAGAAUGUCGAGGCGGUGGCAGCGCUCGAGAAACAGCUCGAGGAGAAACGGCGCGGACAAGCCGCUUCGGACGAGCUGUGUCGCACUUUGCGGGAGGAAAAUGAAGAUCUUCGCCAGCGGAACACCGAAGAAGCGGAGUUUGUGGUAGCCGUACCGACGGAGGACAGCGCAAAAGAAGCGAACGCGGCCCUGCAAGCUGAGCUGGACGAGCUUAAGCAAACGCUGGAUGCGGUCCGUACCGAGCGGGACAAUUUGCAGAAGCUUACGGUGGAGCUUGACCGGUCGGAGCACAUCGGCCAGCUGGAGCGCGAAAUUGGGGAGCUACAGAACGAGCUGCGUAGCGUCAUCAUCGACAACUCGGUACAGCUCGAGUCGAAGGAGAAGGAGUACGGCGAAAAGUUGGCCGCUCUGCGUCAAGAAAACCAAACCCUGCAAGACCGGAUGGCAAAGGAGACUCCCGAAACCCCGAAGCCGGAACCGGAUCCACGGGUCGCGGAAAUCAUUCGCCGCUUUUUCGAUCUGGAUCUUUCAAAUCCAGAUAAGCUGGCGGACCGUUUGCAGCAAUCGCGUGACGUCGAGGCGAAGCUAUCGGCCAUCGAAAAGAAGCUGAUCGAUGCGGGGAAGGAAAUAAAUUUCCUCAAGUCGGAAAAUUCACGCAUCCAGCACGACAAGGACACGCUGACGGCGGACCUGAUGCAGUACGAGAAAGAGUGUGCCAGCUUGAUGAAGAACAACGAUCGCUUGCUGGAGGAGCUGGAGAGCGUAAAGUGCAACAAGCUGGAGACGAUCAACGAAAACGCCGAGGACAGUAUCGUGGUGCUGGAGAAGCAGCUGGACGAUUCGCACCGGCUCAAUCGUAGCCUGGAGGAAGAGUAUCGUGAAGCGCACCGCAAGUUGGAGGAGGUGCUGGAAGAGAAGGAAGAGCUGCUGAUGAAGGUGACCUCGCUCGAGAGCUUUGAAAGUGAUAGUAAAGCGCGCGUGCGGCACCUUGAUCAGUCACUCGCGGAGUUGCGGAAGGAACGGGACGAGCUUGCGCAACAGUUGGAACAGUUGCGGGACGUUGGUGGCCAGGAAGCGGAUCAGCUGCGUACCGAGCUAACCAGUGUACAGGCCCAGCUGACAACGAUCAACGAGGACCAUGCCAAUCUGGUGCGGAAACUGCAACAGCUGCAGCAAACCUCGUCCGACAACGUUCGCAACUGGGAGUCAAAGUUGGAGGAGAUGCGCCAGCUGCUGGAGGAAAAAGAAUCGGACCUGCAGCAAGCACGCGAGUCAUCGGCGGUGGCCGAGCAGCAGGAAGCGUUGAGCGCCGAGAAUGAGCGUUACCGAGCGGAGCUGGAAAAGCAACGCGAGCAACUGGAAAGCCUUACCCAGCAGAAGGAAAACCUCGUCCAGCUGGUGACGACAAAGCACAACGAAAGCGUCCAGUAUCAUGCCGAGAUUCAGCGACUGAACCAACUGCUCGAGGCUGAAUCGGAACGACAGCCACCCGCCUGUCCCGAGUGUCCCGCGUUGCGCGAGCAGCUGCAGGACUACGAGCGGCUCACCGAUCAGAUACAGUUUUUGCGCGAAAAGUCCGACAUCCUUACGGCCAACCUGAUGACCGAGCAAAACAACCAGCGGAUGGCGCUGCAGCAGAAGCAGGAGCUGGUCGAACAGCGGGACGGUUUGCAGCGUGAUCUGGAGCGCUUGCGGCAGCAUCUGCUGGAGAUUGAGGAGGCGCACACGCAGGAAACGGUCGAACUGCAGCGACGGUACGACGACACCCGCCAACAGCUGGCCUCGCUCGAGCGUGAUGUGAAACAGUCGACCAAUGCGCUAACGUCCGCUAGCAUUCGGGCGAACCAGCAGGCGGAAACACUGCAAGCCCAGUACCAGCUGUUGCUGCAGCAGCGCGACGAACUGGGCGCUCGUCUAAGCGCGGCAGACGAUCGCGAUCAGAAGAACCAGGCCGCCCUUACCAACCUACAGUGCGCGCUCGAACAGUUCCAGAUGAAUCGCGAGCGGGACAUCGAGCUGGCGACGAGCAGCAUCCGCAACGAGCUGGAGCAAGCGCGCGUCCGGGAAGACGGGCUGAAGGAUAUGUUGAAGCAGGUCCAGCAACAGCUGACCGAUGCGAAGACGGGACUGCUGGCGGCGGCUCGCAUUUCCGACCAGCUGGAAAUAUCGCAAGUGACGGUCGCAUCGCUAAAAGCGGAAUUGGCCAAGCGGGACGAGCGGUACGCGGCGCUAGAAAAUCGGCUCCACGAAACGGAAUCGAGCCAGGCGGACAAGGUGGAAAAGACGCUGGUGAAAAAUCUUAUCAUCGGGUACGCGGUCGCACCGAACGCAACCGACAAGCAGCAAAUCAUGAAGCUGAUCUCGUCCGUGCUGACGAUGGACCAGGCCGAAUGUACCAAGGUGGGGCUACACCAUAAGGGAGCGGGCGGGACGGGCGGCGGCGGCUGGCUGAACAGCUUCCUUGGCGGAAGUGGUGGUGAUGGGCCGGGAGGACCGGGAGGAGGAGGAGCCAACUACAACAAAGAGUCCCUUACCGAGGCGUUCGUGAAAUUCCUCGAGAAGGAAUCGGCUCCCCGUGCCACUGCAGGCUCUAGUCUACUGAACAUAGUCACGUCACCCGCCGCUACCAUCAACAUCACACCGUCGAGCGGUACCGUAGACGGGCAGCCGGGACCCAUCACGUCGACGGCAGGAAGCAACAUGAUCACGGCAGCAGCAGGACCACCGUCACAGCAACAGCAGCAGCAGUCGUCACCCGUUCAACCGAUCCUGGUGCCGGAAGCGAUGAUGAUGAUGCAGCAGCAGCCUGGGUUUGCACCGCCCCGAAGCUCCAGCUCGAUACUGAAGGACAUACUGAGCGAUUCCUGAUACUCGUACGGUGAUCCGAUGCUUUGCUAAAAAGCGCUGAUGUAAAGAUAAGGAGCGUAACUCUAUGUCUGUGCGCUGUGCCGAGCAUAGCUGGAAACCGGGUGCAAUUCAGCAUUUUAUUAUGGAGACGCAUCGAAUCGAAGCAGGCCACGAGACAACCAAUAUAGAGAGGGAAUAUUAUAUAUCUUAUUCGACAAACUAA